UGUCUCGAAGAAAACAAUUUCGUUCCGAGUGCAAUACUUUUGUAUGCCGUACACAAAAAUCAAUAUUUACACAUUAUAAUCACCUUUGAUCUUCGUGAACCCAAUUGGUGAUAUAUGGGAUUAAAUCAAGAAUUGUAGCUAAAGAACCGAAGCUGAAUGUUUCUUUUCGCCAAUGUUUCUUCCGGACACUUGUCCAUCAUGCACUAGUCGUGCUUGUCGCCCUUUUCGUCUCAUCCUCAUUUAACCAGGGGGCUCAUUUUCAGUUUUUGGCAAAGUGAUUUCAAUUAUUUCUGAGCAAAAUGCCUAAAAAGAAAACCGGUGCCCGUAAGAAGGCUGAGAGUCGCAAGGAAAGAGAGAAGCAGACUCGAGCCAACCGGGACCAUAUCGACGUAGCCAAACACCCGUGCAAUUUUGCAAUGGAAUGUGACAAAUGCAACAGGAGACAGAAGAACAGAGCUUUCUGCUACUUUUGUUCUUCAGUGCAGAAGCUUCCUAUGUGUGCCCAAUGUGGAAAAACCAAAUGCAUGAAAUCAUCAGAUUGUGUCAUAAGACAUCCUGGGAUUCACAGCACUGGGAUGGGGAUGGUGGGGGCGGUGUGCGAUUUCUGUGAAGCUUGGGUGUGCCAUGGGAGGAAGUGUCUGAGCACACAUGCUUGUGUAUGCCCACUGACCGAUGCAGAGUGCAUCGAAUGUGAUCGCAAUGUCUGGGAACAUGGUGGGCGUCUGUUCCGCUGUUCGUUCUGUAUGAAUUUCCUUUGUGAGGAUGAUCAGUUUGAGCACCAGGCUAGUUGCCAAAUCCUUGAGGCAGAAACAUACAAAUGCGUUUCCUGCAACCGACUGGGGCAACACUCUUGCCUACGUUGUAAGGCCUGUUACUGUGACGACCAUGCCCGGAGCAAGGUGUUCAAACAGGAGAAGGGUAAAGGGCCACCGUGUCCUAAAUGUGGCCAUGAGACCCAGGAGACCAAAGACCUCAGCAUGUCCACUCGCUCCGUCAAGUUCGGUCGGCAGAGCGGCGCGGGAGAGGAGGACAGCUAUGGCUACGGCGCGGGGGGUUACGCGGCUUACUGGAAGAACAUGGCCGCCAGCAACGCAGACAAGGAGGAGGACGAGGAGGAGGACGACGACGAUGAGGAAGAGGAUGACGACGACGAUGAGGAUGAUGAUGAUGAGGAGGAAGUUGUGGAUCAGCCGGAGGGAAAAGAAGAAGGGGUCGUGGCCCCCCUGGCUGCGCUGAAUCUGACUGACUGACCUGAUUAUCGGCGUAAUGCAUAAGUUUAGAGCAACGUGGGGGCUGAAACCAUUAAGUGUCGUGCACUUAUUCUUCAUACCAGGUCAAGAAUCAAUAAAGUUAUGAAAUGAAAUCUAGGACACUCUUGAUCGAGAUUUUAUCAUCUUUGAAUAUAUGAAAAUUAGUUAUGUUUUUUGAUCAUUAAUAGAAAGUCAUAUAUCCUCACAAUUAUCAAUGUUUCAAGACAUUUAAAUGAACUUUUAACUGUCUGUAACAAGCUUAUAGACUGAUUAUUUUUUAGAUAUAAUUAUAUUUGGCUAGAAUUCAGUAUCCAUUCAUUAUAAUUGCAAUACAAUAUAUUUUUUUUUUUUACAAUAAAGUAAGUUGUCUCACAAUUAACAUCUAAUUUUUGCAAUAUUUCUGCCGAGUAAGGAAAAUUAAAGGCAAUGGCGUUAUCCGACUAUAAAUCGGGUCUUAAUGGGUACGUACUUCUGCAGACUUGCAUCAUUGCAUCAGUAUUGAUGCUAAUGAUCAUGCAAGUGCACUCAAGCAUUCAUACGUGAUUGAUGUAUAAGUCUGCAAAGACAUGUGUCAACCACGUAUGUGUGCUAGUGUGCAUUCGCAUAAUUUAUAAUGAUUCAUUUUAAUUUCUUAAACCUUCUGAGGCCACGCCCUCAGGGUAAAGCGAUAAAAAGAACAGUGUCACAGGGCGGACACAGACCAAUCUUAUUUUCUUGUAAGCUUCGCUGCAUCUGUAUUUUGUCAAUUAAAACCAUGGGAAAGUCAGCGUGAACGAUCGAGAUGCAAACAUGUGAUGGUGUUUUCUGCCUCGAGAGGAGAGCAGCGUCUUCGACCAGAUGACAAACUUGGGGAAACCGUCGGUGAACUUUUUAAGGCUAUUCCGAAUUCAGAAGCGACCGGCGAAAUCUUCACAUUUUGGGCUGUCCUGCGACCACUGCCGCAAGUGCCACAAAAGACAUGUUUGGCUUUGUUUAUUUAUUCUAAGCCUCGUAAGGAAAGUUCCUCUGCUGCUUUCUUGUAGAUCGCACCAUCUUUCGACGUCUUCGUUAAAUGCGACUGCAUCACCUUCUCUCCCACAAUGCAUCCUGAGCAGCUCUACCUGUGCCACUGCUGCCCCCUCCGAUGUUACAAUAGAACUUCAUCGAUUGCUGAAGAGAAUAAAUUCCAGCGUUGAGAAAUCUGAUGCCUUACUUUACUCCUACGCUCCUACGCCUGAGAAUCCUGAAAAAUGCAAAAAUAUGUCCUUAAUCUGUUAUGUGUGUGAACUGAAGGUCAUUAUCUUUGAAGAGGAAAUAGAGGAAGAAAAACCUGAGAUUUAUCAUCUAGAAAAUAUACUACCUUUACAACUUAGCUCUGUCAACUGUCCACCAUGUGAAGCACAGACUCUAGUAUCUGCCACAAAAUUCCAUCAGAACUUCAAGGAUCUAUUGGAGAAAAGGAAUUCACAACAGAAAGGACGUUGAUGUUAUAGUAACUGAAGGAAAUGAGCAUUACGGUCGUCCGUCUAACGCAAAUGUAUUUUACAUAGUAGAUAAUAGUAUACUUUGUUUACAGUUGCCGCACUAACAAUAUCACUAUUCAUGUAUUGCACUGCACGAUUCCGAAAAAGGAAAUAUAAUGUAUUUGUAUAGGAUAUAUUAUCAAAUCUUUAUGAUGAUUACAUCACUUUUGUUAUUGUAAUUUAGUUGUCACGUCCAAUUCAAUGUAUUCUCAGGUAAACAAUACAAAUAUAAGCUUAUGCCAUUUCUUCUGGCAUUAAUGUCUAUCGACCGUCAGUAACAAAAUACAACCAUAACAAUAAGCUUUGUAGCAUAUUUUGUCAUGUCCAGUUUAUACUUUAUAUAACUGAGUAUAUAUAGUCUCACUUAACAAUUGAUUAACCCUAAAACUAAAUUAAAAUAAUGUAUACAUAAAUUCCGGGUUUAACAGGAGCACCAUUAUUGUACACCAUUAGGAAAUGUUAAUUGAUGGUUAAUAAGAUACCCUUAUUGUAAAGUGUUACCUUAUAUAUUUACAUACAUAAUCUUUUUUCAUAUACAAAAGAAUACAUCAAAGAAGUUUAUGUUCGUAUAUCAAUAUUUAUGUCAAACAAAACAAUAUUUUAUUCAAUAACACAAUUGCACAAUAUCAAAUGUAUAAUAAGACCUUUUCAACAAACA